CUGCGCAUCUAGAAGUUGCAUAUUGCGAAUUCUGUAUUUGUCAUAUCCUGAUAAGGAAUAUCAUGACCCGCGAUAUCCCAAUUCCAUGGCCCCCCACUCCAGCACCCAUUGACGGCGGGGCAGCAUUAGCGCUAGCGGUGUUGCGCGAGCACCUAGACAUGACGGCUGUAUUACUUCACCCUUCAAAGGUCAAUCGUCGUACAGAUACGUACGACGGGAUCGACGUGUGCGGUCAGCGUCUGGCGGACGAGAUCCGGUCGGUGGUUGCGGCGCACCCCUCUCUGCAGCGCAUCUCCGUGAUCGGCCACUCCAUGGGGGGUUUGCUGCUGCGGUACGCCGUUGUGUUGUUGUACGACCGCUCCACUGGACGGAUAGCGGGCCUGAAGCCCGCCCACUUCAUCAGCCUGGCUACCCCCCAUUUGGGUUGCGAUGCAGGGGGCCUGGCUCAGUCCAGCCCUGGAUCGUCCACAAAGUUGAAGUCGCCCUCCCAGACCAGCAUUGUGUCACUGUUCUCGGCUGCAUGCUUGAUGGUUCCCCUGAUCAGCUGGGUCCCGGUCAAACCCGUGCAGCGAAUGCUACAGGUGGCGGGGGGGCCGGGGGCAGGAAGGUUCAGCAAAAGCUUAUGGUGGCGUAUGGCCCCGUCAUGGGGUAACUUGAGGGUUGGUUUUAGGUCGCAUCUUCGCAGUCAUGUUCUGUCCAUCCCCACAGCCAGUCUCAUGUUUCGGCGCACGGGCCGACAGUUCUUCCUGGUGGAUGGGGGCAGUAGCGGCAUGCGAUACAAUAGCAGCAGUAGUAACGGCAGGGGCGGCACUACUGCCGCUGGUGUCAGCAGCGGCCCUCGCGGGCUGAGCAGCGGCCCCAAGGGGAGUCCGGCAGUAGCACCGCCGCCGUUGCUGUACUGCAUGACACAGGACGAGCCGGAGCGGGGACUGUACUUUUAUUCAGCCCUGGCCAGCUUUGCCAGUCGUACCGCGUACGCCAAUAUGGACGGCGAUCAUCUAGUUGGUUGGGCCAACUCCUCCCUGCGUUUCCUGCACCAACUGCCGCAACUACCUGAGGCGGCUGUCAAGGCGGCGCGGGGGGUUGUCCUGCAGGACCCCUUAAUGGCGGCAUUCCAUGUUCGUGGCCGACUGGUUACUGAUGAGCCCCAACGGGCUACGAGUCCGACUGUGUUCAUCGAAUACCGCGACAAGGGAAGAGACAGGGACCAACGGACCCGGCACCACCGCCAGCCGUACAAACGGAACCGUUGGUACGACAGCAGGUGGCGAUGGCGUGUCCACUAUCCAGCAGCCUUCCGUUUCAGUGGCUGCUGCCACCACGGUGCUUUUGACGUCACUCGCCGUUGGCUCAAUUUCGAGGGCAUGGCUGUAGCUCAGCACCUUGCGCGGCAGCUGGUGGCGAUGGAAGCGGAGUGGGGGGACAGGGAGGCGGUGAUGGAUGCUGCAAGCUGCCUGCGCCUUACCGUCCCAGAGUUUGGAAUGGAUGAAUUCGUGCAUCCGCUCACACUGCGAUUCCAUGACGCACAAACACUUCUGGCGGCAAGUUUCUUCAUCCUUCAGCCUUUCAUAUUUCCGUCCAUCGCAUUCCACUGGGCGAACAUCGCUUACCCCGCCAUCUGCCUUACCAACUGCCUGGUCAUCCAAGCACUUCCAUGGCGCAUCUAUGAGCGUCAUCGUCACUGCAUCCAGCUUCUGUUCCGGGCUCUGGUGGACUGCAGCGUUGUGCGAGGCCUGCCCUCAUGGUCACCCGCCGUGGCCGUCCGUUCUGUCGGUAUUUUUGUAAUCCACUUGGUGCUUACCUCUGGCGCUGGCUGUCUCAAUUGGGCCUCCUUAGGCUGGCCUCUGCUCUUGCAGUACCAUCUGCCGUACAACCUCCUCGCAGCUUUCGCCUUUGCGCACGAACUGGGUCCCCACGUCUGCACCGUCGUACGCAGUAACGCCCGUGGCGCUGCCCUGAUGGCGGCGCUGUGGCGAACCGUACGCUCCUGCUAG